GGAAGUGGAGGGAUAAUUGAAAUGCAAUCAGAGACUCAGAAUCGGAAUGAACAUCGCUUUUCGCAAAGUGAAAAUGACUUGUUAAGAUUCCUUCACGAGGCUGAUCGUACACUUUCUGAACCAAAAGUAUCAUCCCAAGAUGUUGGCACUUCGGAAGAAUCAACAACAAAUCACAAUAACAACGGGCAUGUCGAUCCUGAGGUAUCGAGCCUGCAAAAUGACAAAAUUGAUACUCUUGAAGUAAGGAUCGCAAGAGCUUUGAAAGAAAUUGAAAAGAUGGCCUCUGAGUUCAAAGCCUUAGUUAAUCCUUUCCCGACAUCAAAUGCACAGAGUGGAAGAGAAGCGGACGUAUCCGCCUCUUUUCGUCAAUUGCCAACUUCAAUCCUCUCCUCACGUUUUGUCAAUAGAGACAGCAGCUUUGACGUUUCACGCAUGAAUAAUAUAACCUCUUACUCAUAUGGGGCUUUGAGAGGUGCCAAUGAUACCAAAUCGUUAAUACUCAAUUCGAAUUUCAAUUCAGGUAAGAUUUUUGCAUUUCACAUCAAGGCCUCUGAAGAGCCAAUUUCUAUAUGCAUGCAAAUGCUUAUUUAUCUUGUUGUGUGCACUAUGUUUCCAUAG